AUGUCCAAGACCCGUCCUGAUUACUGGGGCGUCUGUGAAGAAAAGUACGUACCAUAUGAUUACUCGGCAACGAUAGAGUGUCUAGGGAACCCUAAUAAACCACAGUACAAUGGAGGAAUCAUCGUGAACCCUGAACUACAAAAUGGUUCACAGGGCUGGUCACAACUGGGAAACGUCAAAGUCGAUUUCACAGAAUCUGGAGGCAAUAAGUUUGUUAUUGCACGAGGGAGGAAUCAAUCUUAUGAUAGCGUCUCUCAAAUGGUUUAUUUGGAAAAGGGACUUCUCUACACUUUCUCUGCUUGGUUACAAGUAAGCCAAGGGAACGCUCCUGUGAGAGCCGUUUUCAAGAAGAAUGGUGAAUAUAAGCAUGCCGGUUCAGUUAUUGCUGAAUCCAAAUGCUGGUCCAUGCUCAAAGGUGGUCUCACUGUUGAUGAAUCUGGUCCCGCCGAUCUCUUAUUUGAGAGCGAGGACAUAAGCGCUGAGAUUUGGGUGGACAGCGUCUCGUUGCAACCAUUCACACAAGAAGAAUGGAACUCUCACCACGAGCAGAUCAUUAACAUGAAGAGGAAAGGAGCCGUGAGGAUCAGAGCCGUAAACAGCGCCGGUGAGCCAGUACCGAACGCAACCAUCUCCAUCUUACAGAACAGACUCGGGUUCCCAUUCGGGUGCGCGGUAGAAAAUAACAUACUUGGGAACCAAGCAUACCAAGACUGGUUCACUAAGAGAUUCACCGUAACAACUUUCGGGAACGAGAUGAAAUGGUACAGCACGGAAGUUGUAAGAGGCAAAGAGGAUUACUCGACCGCAGAUGCGAUGGUGAAAUUGUUCCAGCAACAUGGGAUCGCUAUUCGUGGCCACAAUAUUAUAUGGGACAACCCUAUUUAUCAACCUAGUUGGGUGAACGCUUUGAGCGUAUCCGAUCUCUACAACGCCGUGAAGAGAAGGGUUUUCUCGGUGGUCACAAGGUACAAAGGCCAGCUUGCGGGUUGGGACGUUGUGAAUGAGAAUCUCCAUUUCUCAUUCCUUGAGAGCAAGUUUGGUCCCAAAGCCUCUUACAACGUCUUUGCGCAGGCGCAUGCCCUUGAUCCAAAGACUACAAUGUUUAUGAAUGAAUACAAUACGUUAGAGCAACCGGGGGACCCGGUUGCUACUCCAGCAAGGUAUUUGCAGAAGCUUAGAGAGCUUCAAUCUAUUCAUAUGGCCGGAAACAUUCCUUUAGGGAUCGGUCUUCAGUGUCAUUUCAGUACUCCUAACAUUCCGUAUAUGAGAUCAGCUAUUGACACUCUUGCUGCCACUGGUUUGCCUAUUUGGCUCACUGAGGUCGACGUCGCAGCUCCUCCAAAUGUUCAGGCCAAUUAUUUCGAGCAAAUCUUAAGGGAAGGCCACGCACAUCCGCAAGUGAAAGGAAUGGUGACAUGGGCAGGUUAUAAUCCAAAAGGUUGCUAUCGAAUGUGCCUCACUGAUGGCAACUUCAGGAACCUACCCACCGGAGACGUUGUGGACAAACUUCUGCGAGAGUGGGGAGGGCUUAGUGGGCAAACCACAGGUUUAACUGAUGCUGAUGGAUUCUUUGAAGCUUCACUCUUCCAUGGUGACUACAAUCUCGAUAUUUCCCACCCUCUCACCAAUUCCACAGCUUCUCACAGCUUUAAGUUGGCUUCUGAGGACUCCAACCCAUCUCCUUCAAUUGUCUUUCGAGUUUGAGACGCUAAGUUUACAACUACUUUGUAAUGGAGUAGUUUGAUUUUUAAUUUUAGUCUUGUGAGGAAACUCCAGAGGGUUAUUAUUAUUCAUAAACACCAAUUAGGUUGGUUUACUAAAG